AUGGCGUCCUCGCCGGUAGCGGCGAGUGCUGGGACGCCUCUCGACCUGUCCGGCGGGCGGCCGUCGCGGCUCGGGCGACUCCCGGCGGAGCUCUUCCGCUGCUGGGGCUGCUUCAGCUUCCUGGGCGAGCCGGUGACGGCGCCGUGCGGGCACACCUACUGCCGCCGCUGCCUCCGGGAGAGGCUUCACGCCCGCUGCCGCCGCUGCGGGGACCCGCUGGCGGGCGGCACCUCGGUCGCCGUGGUGCUGGCUCACUUGGCGGAGAAGUGGUUCCCGGCGGAGUGCGCCAGGGCUCGGACGUGGCGCCGCCUGGCCGAUUUGCUCAAGCAGGGGCGGCCCCGCGAGGCUCGGGAAGCCGCCGACCAGGCGCUCCGAAAGGAUCCCAGUGAUUUAAUGUUAAGAAUUUACAGAGCUGAAUCUUAUGCUAGUCUCCAGGAAUUUAAAUCUGCACUAGAUGAACUGAAUGCUGUUACUGCUAAAAUGCCAAAUUGGCCUGAGGUAUAUUUCAGAAGAGCAACAAUACUUAAUAACGCUGGUUCUGUAGAAGACGCCUUAAAAGUCUUUCUUCAUUGCCUAUCCCUUGACGAAGGAUUUGUUUUAGCAAAAGUAGAAGCAAAAAAGAUAUUGCGUAAUUUGCUGUCACCUGAAAACAUUAGUGAAAGGUUGAAAGAAUCUGCUUUAAAUACUUCAUAUGUUCGAAGUAAACAACUUAAACUCAGCUCUGCAUUUGAAAUGGAAGAGUCUUGUGAUUGUUUACAGCUCACCCCAGUGUCAGUCUCAGAAGUGCCACAAGUUACAUUAGACACUAUUGGAGGAAGUUUGCAACGUGCCCAGUCUGCAAAUUCUCUUGAUUCAGUAGAAAAAGAUGCCAAAGACGAUAUAUUAAAAAGAGUAUCUUCUGAACCAUGGCUUUCUGGCCAAGAGAAAGGUAUUUAUUUUAAAAGGAGGUUGCCCUUUUCCAAACAAAAUACUACUAUUUGUGAAGAUGGAAACAAAGAAAAUAAAUAUUUAGUCUUGUAAACUCCAAAAGGGAAUGCUACCUUUUCAAUCACUUGUGGAAUAGUUCCAGAAAAUUUGGUUGAUGUAACAGACUUUGAAUGCUCAUUGUGUUUGAGGCUUUUCCUUCAUCCUGUGACAACGCCCUGUGGCCAUACAUUCUGCAAGAACUGUUUACAACGCUGUUUGGACCAUGCUCCAGAAUGUCCCCUCUGUAAAGAUAACUUAAAAGAGUUUUUGGCACGUAAGGAAUACAGCACAACACAGUUGCUAGAAGAACUAAUAGUGAAGUAUUUACCUACUGAAUUAUCCGAGAGAAAAAGAAUUAAUGAUGAAGAAAUAGCUGAACUUUCAAGUUUGACCAAGAAUGCUCCUAUCUUUGUUUGCACUUUGGCCUACCCAACUGUGCCUUGCCCCCUCCAUGUGUUUGAACCAAGAUAUAGACUGAUGAUUCGAAGAAGUAUAGAAACUGGAACAAAACAAUUUGGGAUGUGUGUACAUGACCCCCAAAAUGGAUUUGCAGAUUAUGGUUGCAUGUUGUACAUUAGAAAUCUUGACUACCUGCCAGAUGGACGAUCUGUUGUUGAUACAAUUGGAUUAAAGAGAUUCCGAGUUAUUCGAAGAGGGAUGAAGGAUGGUUAUUGCACUGCAGACAUUGAGGAUUUAGAAGAUAUAAAGGUUAAAGAUGAAGGUGAAAUGAGGAAACUUCAGGAGCUCCAUAAUAUUGUUUACAACCAGGCUUGUAGCUGGUUCCAAAGCUUAAGAAAUAAAUUUCAUAGCCAAAUACUUCAGUACUUUGGUCCAAUGCCAGAGAAGGAAGAAAACCUGCAGGAAACAGCUGAUGGACCUGCGUGGUGUUGGUGGCUUCUAGCUGUUCUUCCUGUGGAUCCUAAAUAUCAGCUUUCAGUGCUUUCUAUGAGGUCUUUGAGGGAACGUUUGAUAAAAAUUCAAGCUAUAUUGACCUAUUUUUCCAGAGAUCAGUCCAAAUAAUUAAGGACCUGGACCUUAAUACAACAGUAUGGCUGUAACUUCAGCUGA